AUGGAACUUAUCUUUGUAACUUCAAAAGCUCUUAGCCAAGAUAUUAUUUGUGGAAGUAUACCACCAGUUGCUAAUGGCAAGUGGAUUCGAGAGCUUAAAGAGAACAAUAUAUCCGUAUGCGACGAUAGUAAUGGACCAAUAGAAAUACUUAUCGGCGCUGACAUUGCAGGGAAGUUGAUGAACGGAGGAUUUAAAUUGUUUACUUCAGGCCUUGUUGCUAUAGAAACUAAACUUGGUUGGACUCUUUUUGGGAAAAAUGGCAUACGUGAGAUCUCGGGCAAUUCCGCACUGCUCGUCACAUCCAUGUUAAAUAAGGAAAUAUUUGUAUCCGAUCUAUGGUCUCUAGAUUCACUUGGAAUUUUAGAUCCCUCAGAGAAGAAAAAUAAACUGGAACUGCAAGAAGAGGGAAGAGAUCAUUUCUUGUCUACUGUAAAGGUGAACGAAGAGGGACGUUUUCAAGUCAGCUUGCCAUGGCUUGAUAACCAUCUACCGUUAAAAGAUAACUAUGACUUAGCUGUAAAGAGAUUAGCUUCUACAGUAAAACGACUAAAAGCUGAGAAACUUUAUGAUGCUUAUGGAGAAGUUUUUAGUGAAUGGGAACGAGAAGGCGUCAUAGAAGAAGCACCCAAAAGCAAAACUGAUGCAACAUGCCAUUAUCUACCACAUCGACACAUACUAAACAUAGUAAAAGAAAACAGUACUACAUGA